AUGUUGUCGGCUUCCCUUCUUUCCAUUGCGGCUUUGACCGUUCCUAGUGCUCUGGCAGCUUCCCUUCGUGACCAGCUUCCAGGAGUGCCAGCAGGAUGGUCUGUCUCAGGUACACCUGAUGCAUCUCAGUCGAUUACUUUGAAGCUUGCUGUGAAGCAACAGAACAUCGAUCAGCUUGAGGGCCUCCUAAAGUCGGUCUCUGACCCUUCAAGCCCGAACUACGGACAAUACUACACUGCCGAUCAGGUCAAUGCUCUGUUCGGUCCAUCGACCGGCUCUGUCGAUGCCGUGACUUCGUGGGCUAACUCAUCUGGAAUGGAAAGCAGCCUCGAGCGUGGCCUGCAUGUUACUAUCAAGACAACCAUUGGCGACGCCAACAAGGUCUUCGGAGCCAAUUUCACAACCUUCAAGGAUGAGUCCACUGGAGUUGAGAAGUUGAGGACACUCCAAUAUUCAGUUCAUGAUGAAAUCUCCGAUCACGUUGAAUUCGUUUCCCCUACCACUUUCUUCGGACGUACAGACGCACAGAAGCCGCUUUCGGAUCUGGCCAAGCGUGUUACUACUUGUAUCUCGCACUCAGCUCACGGUACUGCUUACCUGGGCCCUGAUUGCUGGAAGCAGGUUCUCAACAUUACCUAUGUUCCCGAUGCCUCCAGCGGCAGUCGCAUCGGCUUCGGCAGUUUCCUGAAUGAAUCAGCUAUUGAGGCCGACCUCUACCUCUACGAAGAGAAAUACGGGAUUCCCAAGCAGUCUUUCAACGUCACACUUAUCAAUGGUGGCGUGAAUCAUCAGGAACCUGAAUACACCACCAUUGGGGAGGCUAACCUCGAUGCACAAAACAUCUUUGGCCUGGCUCACCCCCUGCCAGUAACCGAGUUCAUCACCGGUGGUUCGCCUCCUUUCAUCCCUAACUUGGAUGAGCCUACUGCGGCCGAUAACUCCAACGAACCCUACUUGGACUACUACGCAUACCUCCUAUCUCAGCCUAAUGAAGCGCUUCCGCAGGUGAUCUCCAAUUCUUACGGUGACGACGAGCAGACCGUCCCCAUCGACUAUGCCACAUAUGUCUGCAAUCAGAUCGGUAUGAUGGGCCUUCGUGGUAUCACUAUUCUCGAAUCAUCUGGUGAUACAGGUGUUGGUGCCCCAUGUCAAUCCAACGAUGGAAAGAAAACUCCUCAGUUUACACCAGCAUUCCCUGGUACCUGCCCCUAUGUCACCGCUGUUGGUGGUACGCAGGGCAUUGAUCCCGAGGUUGCCUGGGACGAUUCUACCGGUGGUUUCAGCAACUACUUCCCUCGUGCAUGGUAUCAGGAGACUGCUGUUGAGACCUAUCUUGGCUCUUACAUUAGCAAGAGUGUCCAGGAGUACUAUACCCCCUACACUAACUUCAGUGGACGUGGAUUCCCUGAUAUCUCGGCCCACAGCUCGAAUCCAUACUGGCCCGUUUUUGCAAACGGCGUCCUCGCUCUCUACUCUGGAACAUCUGCCGCAGCCCCAGCCUGGGCUGCCAUGAUCGGAAUGCUCAAUGAUGCUCGUCUCAAGGCUGGUCAGCCUACUCUUGGUUUCGUCAACCCACUUUUCUAUUCUUUGAAGUCUGGCUUCUUGGACGUCACACAAGGUGGAUCCGUUGGCUGCAAUGGUGUCAACGGUCAAACCGGUGCGCAAAUUCCUGGUGCUUCGGUCAUUCCCUGGGCUACUUGGAAUGCAACUAUCGGUUGGGACCCUGUCACUGGACUUGGUCUGCCCAAUGUAAGCUUACGUUCACCAUUGAAGAUUACAUCUAGCUGA